CGCGUCACGUAUAGGACGCAUCCAUACCGGCUAGCUAGCAGGUUUACGCUCCUUUCCUCUGAGGGCUAAAGCGGGUGGCUGCUGUCGGUGAUCAGCGCCAAUUAGACAGCCAGGCCGUGAUCUGGGUUUUGUACCUGAAGUCGGUGGAUGUAUUCCCCGCCGAUCUGAACGCUGUUUCUUCUCUUCGGGACGGGGUUGCUAACGCUAGCUGUCUGUCAGUGGAUCAUGCCGAGCAGCAGUGUAGCAUAGUGGAGUCAAAAUGGCGUCUGGUUGCCCACACAACGCUUAUUUAAUCCAUCUGAUUAACUAGACAGAUUAAUCUAACGGCGACUUCUUUGCGCUCGGCGUUAGGUUUUCCCUCACAGGUAGAGUCGAAACACAUUUGAGCGACAUGUCGGACUCGGAGGAGGACAGCCAGGACCGGCAGCUCAAAGUUGUGCUGGUCGGAGACGGUGCAUCUGGGAAGACAUCACUCGCCACCAGGUUUGCACAGGAGGCCUUUGGGAAGCAGUACAAACAAACGAUCGGUCUUGAUUUCUUUCUGAAGAGAAUAAGCCUCCCAGGCAACUUGAACGUGACCCUGCAGGUGUGGGACAUCGGAGGCCAAACAUUAGGAGGGAAAAUGCUGGAUAAAUACGUAUAUGGAGCUCAUGGGGUUCUCCUGGUGUAUGACAUCACCAACUACCAGAGCUUUGAGAACCUGGAGGAUUGGUUCAGCAUGGUGAAGAAGGCCAAUGAGGAGUCUGACAUUCAGCCUGUUGUCUCACUGGUAGGGAACAAAAUCGACCUGGAGCACAUGAGGACUGUGAAAGCUGACAAACACCAGCGCUUCUGCCAAGAGAACAGCCUCAUCAGUCAGUUUGUAUCGGCCAAGACGGGGGAUUCGGUAUACCUUUGUUUCCAGAGACUCGCUGCUGAGAUUCUCGGCGUGAAGCUCAACAAAGCAGAAAUCGAACAGUCCCAGCGUGUGGUGAAGGCAGACAUUGUGAACUACAGUCAGGACCCCGUGGCCAGGACCGUCAACCCCCCCCGAAGCUCCAUGUGUGUGGUGCAGUGAUGCCCUGCCCCGCCUCAUUUACACCCUCUUACCCCGCUGGCCCCUGGAAUAGCCUUACACACACACUCACACACACAUACAUGCACACAUAGCUGUAAAAUGUGUUCUGUCAGUAUUCCUUUUGGGGUUUUGGGGGUCACUGGACCAAAUACUACACAAUGAAAAGACCUUAAGGUGUACUGUGUAUGUAAGUUGUAUGGGUGAGACAAAAAACAAAAUGCAUAGCCAUUUCUUGAGCCAGCCCUGUUUUUUUGAUAUUUAACAGGAAUGAUUUCUUGGGUAGUAGUGUUCCAAAAAAUUAAAAAAAUAAAAAUAAAUAAAUAAAUGAAUAAUUUAAAAAAAAAAAAAUCAUGCAUUCAUAAAAACAGAACAUCUAUCUAUUUCAGUUAUCAUCAUGUUUUUUUUUUUUUUUUUUUUUACUUCUCAUCUUGACUUGUAACAUCUAAAGAAAACUACAAAUCCAAACUGAUGCCAUCUAAUAGGUGAGGACACUUAUUUUCUUAACUUAUUUGAGGACACUUAUUUUUUGAAGCUGGUUUCUUUAGGAGGCAGGGAGAUCAGUAACUGGUGAUGUAAAA